CCUGUCAACCCCAUCGCUUCUGGGACAGAAGCCCGCCACCAUGGCGCCCUGCCCCGCAGGGAGUCCCGUCCCCUUCCCUUGUGCCCCGGGGGUGAUCACCUCCUGUGGCUCCAUGAGACCCUGUGGUGGCCUGAAAUGGUAGAAAUGCCCUUCGACAGACUGUGCACAGCGCGACCCUACUGGGCGGAGCAGGAGGGGCGGGACAGGGGGACCCCCACACGCAGGCGAUGAUGCGAAACGGGCUGGGUGUAUUAAUUCGGGAGAACUCGACUCCCUUCGCAGCCCCCGCGCCCUGACCUGACCAUGUCGCAGCACAAAAUAUGCACGCCACUGACCCUGGAGAUGUACUACACCGAGAUGGACCCCGAGCGCCACCGCAGCAUCCUGGCGGCCAUCGGGGCCUACCCGAUCAGCCGCAAGCACGGCACGGAGAUGCCCGCGGCCCUGGGGGGCAACCGCCGCGCCGCCAAGGAGGAGCACAGCGGGCCCACCCAGGCGGCGGCGGCCACCCACCCGCCCGGGAGGCCCUCGGCCCAGGGGGACGAGGAGGAGGAGGAGCACAAGGCGGCCGGGAGCGCGCCGCCCCCGCCCCCCCAGUGACGCCUCGGCCCCGCAGCCCCCCAGGCCGUCUCCCGCGGCUCCUGUGACCCGCGCGCCCGAUGCUCUCGCACCCGUGUUCCUGCCCCUGGCCCCAGGGCAGCACCUCGGCUG